CGUCAGACAGUCAGUUUUCAUUGGUGAGUGUUGGUGAGAAGAGUGUGGAUAUCGAUCUCUAGACUUCCCUUGACUCGUUCUUAGAGAAAAAAAAGUCCAAGAGCUUUAAAAUAAUAAAGAAUAAUGGCGGGAGCUAUUAUUGAGAACUUAAGUGGACGGAAGUUAGGAGUUUUAAUCGUCUUCUUAAUGAUCUGCCAGGUGGUGUGCUUCCUGGUCGGUGCAUUGAUCGCUCCAGCUCCAUCAUCGGUCAUGUCCACCCUGGGGACCAAGUGUAUCGACAAGGAGUACAAGAAGGACAAAUGGUACUGGACCCGUGGCAAAGGCAAAUGUGUGAGCAUCAUUCAUCUCCAAGACCCAGCAGUUCAUGAACAACAGAUUAAUGCCAACAACAUAAUCUUCACCUUCCAGAUACCAUCCCCCAAGGACAAAGUUAUUCUUGAUUAUUCACGCUGGCAUCAGAACCUGAUAGCUAUGAUGCACCUUGACAUCCUCUAUGAUGAGAAUGCACGGUUUGACCCCCACGCUCUGAUGACACUUGAGGCUCGACUGGGCUACAGAAAUAAGUGGGACCCAGAGGAUAAGUGGACCGAGUAUGCAUCAUCUGUAGAAGAAAGGCGCCUGGACUGCUCGAUAGACCCAAUGCACAAGAAGGAAGAAUAUAUGUAUAAUUGUUCUUCUGUGCCACUGUUUGAACUGGGGUCUCUCCACCAUGAUUUUUACCUCUUGAAUGUUCGCUUACCUGUUCACACCCUGGAGGAGCCACAGGAGAAGAACAUUAAUGAAGAUCUGGGAUACUUGGCAGACAUGUGGGUGGCGUUCAUUCACCAGAAUGGAGGAUUCACUAAAGUCUGGGUGUCUCUUAAGACAAUAUUCUUCCCAACCAUCGUUGCAAUCAUGGUCUGGUUCUGGCGUCGGAUCUCGCAGCUCUCAAGGCCUCCAGCCCUUUUGGAGUAUAUGCUCAUGAUCCUGGGGGCUGCCCUGACCAUGCUUAACUGCCCACUGGAGUACCUGACCCUGGCAUUUGACUGUCCCUGGAUGACUGUUGUUAGUGAUAUCCGACAAGGUCUCUUCUAUGCAUCACUUCUCUCCUUCUGGUUGAUCUUUACUGGAGAACAUCUCAUGAUUGCGGAUGACAUUGAGCGUAACAGACUUCGUGUGUACUGGCGUCACCUUAGUGCUGUGCUGGGAGGCUGCCUUUGUCUCUUCAUCUUUGAUAUGUGUGAACGUGGGGUACAGCUCCGCAAUCCAUUCUACUCGAUCUGGGUGACGGAAGUGGGCACCAACCUGGCCCUGGCAUUCAUCAUUCUUGCUGGAAUCUGUGCUGGUCUUUACUUCUGUUUCCUCUCUUACAUGAUAUGGAAGGUGUUUAUUAAUAUCAGCAGUAAGCGUCAGUCACUGUCGGCAAUGUCUUCUGCUCGGCGCCUCCACUACGAGGGUAUUAUUUACCGCUUCAAAGUGCUGAUGUUGGCUACUCUGCUGUGUGCUGCCAUGACUGUGAUUGGCUUUAUCCUGGGACAGGUGUCAGAGGGUCAGUGGAGCUGGGACGAGAACAUAAAGUUGGAGUACACAAGUGCAUUCUUCACAGGAGUAUAUGGCAUGUGGAACAUCUACACUUUCGCCCUCAUCUGCUUAUAUGCACCAUCACACAAACGCUGGCCUAAGGAUCAAAGUAUCUUGGGUAAUGAUGUAAAUGAAAAUAUGGAUACAGUACUACGAUAUGUUCGGAAGUACCUAGUCCAGACACACAGAGCAGCACUGGGGAGGAAAUAGAGUUUAGCAGACUGGCCACGGAACCCUCGGAGAUGUCUGCAAUUACUGCUUUUGUCAAAAAGGCCGCCACAGAGUAAACAUAUCCAUCGUGGGGCAUAAGCAACGGAAAAUUGGUUUGGGUAUUAAUAAUGUAUUUAAAUUGUUCAUUUUUACAAGUUGUAGGAAAUAUGAAGUAUUUUCCAUAUUUUAACAAUGAUGCACUAGUAUUUAUUUUUUCUAAUUCAUGAGGAUAAUGUUUUGUGAAGGUAUUUUGCAAGUUACGCAGACAAGAAACCAACAGUUGAUGAACAGGAGAAUAUUAAUACUGUUCAGUAUCUUUUCAAUGUUACCCUGUAUACUGUAACUCUGGUUUAAAUUGGUGGUGGUGAUAGAUUAUGGUUACAGGAAGUGACACAGCUGAACUUGAGUUAAACAAGUGCUAUCACACUUCAGUUUUAGCUGUUGCAAUUGAAAUACAGUUUCGAGUUUAUCCUGACUACUCGAGGCUUUUAGAAUUGAUCGAUAUCCUUUACCUUUUCUGCCUAAACUUGGCUCUACUGCCGUUUACUUCUCUUGUCUCUGGUGCUGGGUAUUAAAUGUGAGGUCUUAGCAUUCUGACCCCAGCCACUUUCUUAAGAAGAACUUUCCGAUUGCUAGCAAGUGCUUCAUGAGAUGAAGUAUUUUGAAAGCCUUGAUAACUGUUUUGAUGUAUGAUGAUGGUACACACAGUAAAAAAAAUACCGCACAGAUUAUGUGUGAAACAAUAUGACACCACGGACGAGGGAUAGUGGAAUAUGCGCGUUGGUCCUGUAUUAUGGUGGUAGACCUGCUUUCCUUGCUUGAGGGCGUCCUCUUAUCUGUUGCUAACGACAUAUCCUGCCGUAUAUAUAGUUGAUUGUACAACUGAAUAUGAACACGCAUAACCAACCCUCCCGGCACAUCAGGUGAUGUAUGUAUCAUUACAGAAGUCAACAGACCUCCCAUGCGCAAUACUUUUUUUUUUACUAUGGUUACAAUGAAAGACGAAAGUCGUGUCGUGAAAUUUGGUGAAAACAUAUGCCGAAGGGCUUAACUUUUGGUGCACUCUGCCUUGUGGUAGGGGGCUCUCGUAAUGUUUCACGAGUUAUAUUUAAUCUGGACAAAACCGUGACACAACUUUUGUCUUUGAUUGUACAUAUAUGUCAUCUAAUACUACACAAAAUAUUGUAACUGAAAUGUUUGAUUGUGAUGUCAAUAAAAAAAGAAACUACUGCAGUAA